AAACCUUCACUAAAAACUACCGAGACUCUCUCUCUCCCUCCCCCCUCCACCACCGCAAACCAUGGCCUCUCCGACCCUCAUAACCCCCACCGCCACCCCAAAACCCUUCCCUCUCAUCAAAUCCAAACUCGCCGCCGCACCCAUUGCCGCCGCCCCCGCCUCCAAUGCCGCAUUGCCGAGCCCGCUGCAACCCCGCCGCCGCGAAUUCCUAUCAAUCGCUUCGGCCGGUAUCCUCUCGGUCAGGCUGAUCGCUGUGGCAGCAGCGGCCCCAGCACUCGCCGCCUCUAACGAGGAGUACGUGAAGGAAACCGAGGAGGUGAUCAGUAAGGUGAGGAGCACGAUCGGCAUGGACAAGAACGACCCCAGCGUGGCCGACGCGGUGGCCAAGUUGAGAGAGACGUCCAAUUCAUGGGUGGCCAAGUACAGGAGGGAGAAGGCCCUGCUCGGGAGACCCUCCUUCAGGGACAUAUACUCGGCCCUCAACGCCGUCUCGGGCCAUUACAUCAGCUUCGGGCCUACCGUGCCGAUCCCGGCGAAGCGGAGGGCUAGGAUCUUGGAGGAGGUGGACACGGCCGAGAAGGCACUCUUGAGGGGAAGAUGAGCGUGCACAUUCAUGUGAAGGGAAGAGAUACCCUUUUUGCAUUCGUUUUUGAUUUUAGGCUUUGUUUUUUGUACUGUUUUUCUUGGCUUAUAAUGAGAUGAGAAAUUCACUUUGUGAA